AUGGUGGCUGUUGAAUGCAAUGACAAGCAACUAAGCUGUCUUCUAGCUGGUGAUACUCCAACAAUACAAAUUUUAUCCUGGAGGCUUAAUCUCAUGAAAACUAGUGUGGUACUUGCAUCUCAUAAUGUUCCAAAAAAAGGCAGAGGGACAAUCUCGUGGAAAUCGAGUAGAUAUGGCUCUAAUAUUUACAGACCUAGUGAAUCUACCAGCAGUCUUAAAAACAUAUCAACUACUAAGAAAUUUGACAUAAUUGUGAUAUCCGCUAUAUCAAUGAAGGAACUUCAAAACACCUGUGAUUUAGUCUUCAAAUUUUGUCACCAGAAAACUAUAAUUAUUGUUGAUUCCAAUUUUGCAGUGGAACUAGACCAUUUCGUGGUUUCGCAAUUCUCAUCAGAUGAUCCAAACAAGAAUAAACCAACUGUUUUAGCAAUGCUUUGUGACGCUGAAGUCCGAAUGAUAUCCACAAGUUCAUAUUAUUUGGCUAAUGAUUCUUAUAAAUAUUUGUUUGGAAUAACUUACAAGACUAACCAGGCGGAAUUGAAGUAUUGGCAAAACCUUGAACGUGUACGUGAGCUUUUUAAGGAUCCAAGUUCUAAACUUAACAAAUUCUUACAACAACUUGGGAGCGAUAAAAUAGGAAAAUUAAUACGACUAGUACCGUCAACGCAAAAAAGCACCAACGAGAUGGCGUUGGAAGUUUGGUAUCGUGUAAUCCCCAGGAUUGCCGUUCAUAUACUAUCAAUUGUGUUCCAACAAAGCGACUACGAUAAACUAUUAGGUGAAAGUGGCCCUAUGAGUGUGUUUAAAGAUUUGGUUUUUGAGUUAGUGAAUAUUUCUUCCCAUCAAGCAGGCGGUAUUUUAAAAGACUUUGUGAAUGAUAAUUAUAGUGAAGAAGGCAGUAAAAAUCCUGCAUUAUUGUCAAUGAUUAACUUUAAUAAUGUAGUAAGAUUGGCCAAAAGAAAGAAGCAUAAAUUAGAAAAAUACGUUCCAUCAACAUCACCACAGCGCUUAAACCUAAAUUUUGAGGCUUACUGUUUUUAUUAUAGGAUUGAAUUUCCAGCAAACAUAUUAUUGUACCAACCUAUACUUAUUGCAGAUAGGUUUGGACUAAGAUCUUCUAGCUUGAACUUUUUGUUUGGUGUCUAUACUCAGUAUCUAGCUAUGACAAAGUUCUCAACAGACCGCGACAUCUUCAAUAAGCAGGAUAAAUCGUUUCUAUUCGGCCCUCAAAAUCAUUUCAACAACAAUUCAUCAGGAACUCUGCAACCCUUUUCAUGGGACUCUUCUAGGAUGUCAUUAAAACCGCCGCCUAAAAGACCAGUGAAGAAGAAGAAAGUAGAAGGAGGAAGAGAAUCUAAGAAUGGAAGUGACAGAAGGGAAAGGUCGAAGGACAAGAAAGACAGAACCAUUAAGCAAAGUAAAAAGAAAAACGUAGUUAAGGAAAGCACAGGCGAACAGCUGAAAGAGACAUCUGGGCAGACCAAAGAACCUGAAGGUUCAAAAAGAAAACAGUUAUUAAGAGAUUCUGAUACUAUGCUGACAAUCAUGUUACAGGCAAAAGUUGAUUUAAAUCGGCAUUUAUCACCGGAUUUGAGACCACAUUCUGAUUUAGAUUUACCCUUAGACUUACAAGCCCUUUAUCUUGGGGCUGAAACAUAUGACUUUGGGGUCCAUAUGUCUCCAAAAGUACACAUGUCUCCCAAAGGUCCUAUAUUGUCACCUACAAGGGAAUUAUUUGUUCCAUUGUUAACAGAUAAAGGAGACCGAUACGAAGAAGGAAGUCAGAGCGAUAUGACCGAAUAUACCGAUGCGAAGGAUGAAAUUGAAAUAAUGAAAGACGGUCAACGGAAAGUCAUUAUAGCAAAAUCAAAUCCUAUAAAAUUAGAUCAUAGUCAUAGGACUAGCGCCGAACGACAAUCUGAAGAUAAUGGUUGUGAAGAGGAUUAUGACGAUGAUGACGAUGAUGACGGCGAAGACGAUGAUGACGAUGAAGAAGAAGAUGAUGAAGAAUCUGAGCAAGACUAUAACGAAGAUAACGAUUGUGCUUAUGAAGGAGAAGAUAAUAGUGGAGGACCGUACUCUAAUCGAGAAAUGAUUCGUCCAAUGAAGCGUCGAACCCACGACGAAGAGAUGUGCGUUGUAGAUUCGACGAUCAGCUUACCCAGCUUCCAAAGAAAAGAUCGGAAUAACUUACAAUACGCAAGCCAAUAUCCUGAGAGUCUUGGAGAAUUUGGGCGGCCUUUAACAAUGAAGUAUGCUACUGAAUUGGAGAAGCAAAUUCGUUUAGAACCCUUUACCAUGUCCAAAUACUAUCAAGAAGUAUAUCAUCCAGAUGAAUUUGACCCAACAAAUACUCAUACACCUUUAAAUAGUACCAUGUUAAAACAAAGCGGAACCGCUCUUUCUGCUAAAUCACGCCAGUCAUUGGAUCCACAAACUGUAAGCAAGUUGUGGAAGUUUCAAAGAAGGCAACACAUGGAAAUGGGCCAAAUUUCAAGACCAUUAACCACUCCUGAGGACAGUUUGCUUCAACACUUGCUGAUUCUUAAAAGAGCAAAUAUGGGUGGUAUUCUUAAUGUGACAACAAGCAGAUAUGGAGAUGUCGAUACAUCUGAGACCAUUUAUCAAGACUGGAGGAACGGCGAGGGUGAAGUAUAUAGAAUGCGACGCAAAGGACAGAAUGAACUUUAA